UCACGGAGUGGAAAAUAAAGCUAACAUGUAAGCAUGCAUGGUAGGCUGUAGGCUAUAUAUUAAAGGGCCGAAGUAGUCAGUUUCAUGAUUAAAUUUGCAAAUGGAGAUGAAUGUAGCUAAACUUUACAAUAUUAAUCCAUUGUUUCUAUCUCUUAUUCUCCUUGUCUCCCUUCUGAUUUGGCUUAAAUUAGCAAAGAGGAAGAAUCUAAAUUUGCCUCCAUCACCGCCAAAGUUGCCGAUUAUUGGCAACAUUCAUCAGCUGGGCAAACUUCCCCACCGAUCUUUCCGAGAGCUUUCUAGGAAGUAUGGCUCUCUCUUGCUUCUACAAUUGGGGCAUAAUCCAACUCUAGUGGUGUCAUCAGCCGAGAUGGUUAGAGAAAUCUUCAAAAAUCAUGAUAUUAUUUUCUCAAACAGACCAAGGACCACAGCAGCAAAUAUCUUGCUUUAUGGAUGCAGUGAUAUUGGUUUUGCACCCUAUGGUGAGUACUGGAGACAACUUAGGAGGAUCAGCGUUCUCGAGUUUUUCAGCCAUCGAAGAGUACACUCGUUUCAGUUUGUCAGAGACGCAGAGGUCGAAGUUCUUAUCAACAAACUCAGCAACGCUUCUCUUAAAGGAGAGUCCAUUAAUCUGACAGAGAUGCUAAUGGUCAUCACAAAUAACAUUGUUUCUAGAUGCGUUCUCAGCCGGAAAGCUGAAGAAGAAGAUGGAAGCAGCAAGUUUGGACGGUUAUCAAGAAGAGUAAUGAUUCUCUUCACGAGUUUCUGUUUUGGUGAUAUGUUUCCUUACUUGAGGUGGCUUGAUAUGAUUACCGGAUUUAUUCCAAGUUUAAAAGCAGUUUCGAGAGAAUUAGAUACGCUUUUUGAUCAGAUAAUUGAGGAGCAUAGAACUUUGAAAACUCAGGACGAGGUCACCAAAAACAAGGACUUUGUUUCUAUUAUCCUACAACUCCAAAAGGAUAGCAUGCUGGAAAUGGACCUCACUCAAGACAACUUCAAAGCAGUCUUACUGGACAUGUUUGUUGGAGGAACUGAUACCACUUCAACAACAAUAGAAUGGUUGAUGGCCGAACUCCUGAAGCAUCCAAAUGUGAUGAAAAGGGUCCAAGAAGAGGUCAGAAAUGUGGUGGGAAAGAAAUCCAAGGUAGAUAUGGAUGAUAUCACUAAAAUGGAAUACUUAAAAUGCGUCGUCAAAGAAACAUUAAGAUUACAUCCGGCUGCACCUCUCCUGGUUCCUCGAGAAACAUCCGCAAGUGUUAAAUUGGGAGGUUAUGAUAUUCCAUCCAAUGUUACAGUCCUUUUCAAUGUAUGGGCAAUUCAGAGAGAUCCCAAUUGGUGGGACAAACCAGAGGAGUUCAUCCCAGAGAGGUUCGCGAAUAGCCUCGUCGAUUUCAAAGGUAAAGAUUUCCAGUUCAUCCCAUUUGGUUUUGGAAGAAGGGGCUGUCCUGGGAUGCCAUUUGGAGUUGCUUCUAUUGAGUAUGUGGUAGCCAACCUUCUUUAUUGGUUUGACUGGAAGUUGCUUGCCGGUGAAAUUGCCCAGAACUUGGACAUGACUGAACAAUACGGGCUAACUGUCAACAAGAAAGUCCCUCUCCAUGUUCUACCUCCUAGCAAGUGUGAAAUUGUAUGCUACCAUGCAAAAAUCUUUAAUUUACUAAUGUUUUUAAUUUCAGAAUGUGAUGGCUUUUUCUUUCAUGUGAUACGUGUUCUUGGACAUAUGUUACGAAGGAGCAUUUUCCAUAACAACUCUUGCAACUUUAUCAUUGUAUAUGCUACAAAUGUAAUCAAUUCAAGAAAAUUCCCUCAAUUGUUUGAAGAAUAG